UAAAUGUCUCAGCUUGGUGUUUAUGCGCGAAGUUUUGUUUGUUUUUCUAUAAAAAUCAACUGUUUUAAUAACAGUAUAAUUGCUAAGUUAUGUUAAUUCGUGUAUGAACUAGUUUCGGUGUAAAAAGAUGCCUUACUACUGCACAGUGCCGCGUUGCACGUCAAUGGCCGGAAAGGUGAAAAACGUCUCAUUUCACCAAUUUCCUAGGGAUGAAGAACUUGCAAAACUAUGGAACGAUAUAUUGAAACGGGGAAAACCAUACACGAAGUAUUCUAAAGUGUGCAGUCUACAUUUCAAGCAAGAAGAUUAUACAAUAACUAGCGCAGGGAAAAAUAAAGGUCAAUGGAGGACUCUCCGCAAAGAUGCUAUACCGUCACAGAACCUGCCAUCAGAUGCACCGGCUCCAUACACAAGAAGACAGACCGGUUCCUGGGCACCCAACAGUGUCCCUGCAAUAGAUCCACAGAUCCACCAGCAGGCGCAACAGCUGGCUCAAGCUAUAUAUGUCCAGACCAUGCUAGCCAUGCAAGCUGUCAGCGUCCAGGAUGCCAUGGCUAAUGGAUUUUCUAACGGUCCACCACCAUUCCCCCAGCCGUACCAUUCAAAUGCUACGAUAUCACCCACACAAAAAGAACCAGAUCUACAACCACCUACCCAAGCACCGAACCCUCUCAGAACAGACUUUGAUCACACUUCAUACAAAUGUACUGAUUGCUCCAAAUGGUUUAAAGAUCCAGAUGUCUUCUUACUUCAUAAAAGGACCCAUAAGAACGCCCAAUCAACGAACGGUUUUCGUCAACAAAGCCUAAAUACAACAGCGAUACCCAGCACUUAAAUGCUAGCAUCGGCACUGUAAAUACUAGAACAACCUACUAUCGAAGAUAUAACGUCAAAACUUGACUAAUUUUUUAAAAUAUCAAAAGAAAAUAGGUUUAUAUGAUAAUAAAAAAUGCCUGGAAAUACAUAUAUGUGAAAUAUCCGCCUAUAUAUAGAUAACAGAUUAAGAUUUUUGUUAAUAAACUUACAGCCGAAAUUAAUACAUUGAAAAUUUUCGAAAUUUCGACUCUAAAACUAUUUAAUUACUAUCAAAGAUUUUAGAUUAAUUUCGGUUGUGUAUCUGCCAUUAUAAAUUGUAUAUAUCCCACCUCUAGUUUAACAUACAAGGUGUUGUUUUAAAGCCGCGUCAUUUUCUAGGAAGUAACUCGGCUAUAGAUUCUGAGUCCGAAUCAAUA